GCCAAAACCCCCAAUCAGAAAUUCAAAACCAAAAGCCCCCAUCUCUGUGUUUUACUUCCUUCUUGUAUAGCAAGUCUCAGAAGAAAACCAGCAAGUGGGUCUCAAAAACUAUUAAAUUUCUUCUCUCCAAUCCCUUCUUGUUCAUUUCAGGGUCCAUGAACCAUGAUUUCAUGGUAACUUGAUGACUAAAUGCGUUUCUCAUCAGUGAUUUCUUUUUUCACCAUCUCCAUGAAUUCUUCAAUAAAUCCCAAGUUUUUCACCGCAACCAGAGCAACUAUUGUUCUUCUUCUCCUUCUUCUUGUUCUCUCUCCAGCCUCUUGUUUUACUUCUCUUCGGGGACUGUUGUUUGCUGAGAAAGCCAGAUUGGGCUCUAAACCGCCGAGCUGCCACAACAAGUGCAACCAGUGCCACCCGUGCAUGGCCGUUCAAGUCCCCACCAUGCCCAGCCACGACCGGGUCAAACCCGUGGGGAAGACCCGACCCGCUAAGCCCAUGAUGCUCUUUGACCCGGCUCAUCGGGAUAACAGGUACUCCAAUUACAAGCCACUGGGUUGGAAAUGCCAGUGUGGUGACCAUUUCUACAAUCCCUAAGUAAAAAUUUUCAUGUUCAAGUUGGAGAUGUAGGUUUAAUUUUGAUUUGUGUAA